AUGGAACAAUUGACAGUAGCAGAGAGAUAUAAAUUGGCCAUACAACAAUAUGAAAAUUUACAGAAUAUAUCUGAAAGACAAGACUCAGUAUCAUAUCAAAAUCGUUUAACGAAAAUUCUUUCUGAAUUUCAAUUAGUUCUAAAACUUGUGGAACAAUUAUCAUUAUUUAGUGAUAAUGAACGAAUAGAAGAAAUAUCUACUAAUUAUAUUCCAUUUUUAAAUUUGUGGUAUUAUAUUGGGGAAUUAUAUACUAAAUUGUUAAUGAACAAAGAAGGAAUUAUUGAUUUGGAUUAUAAAUCAGAAAAUUUACAAACUGCCAAACAAUUUAUAUUUACAUAUUUAGAAAAUUUAACCAAUUACGAUAUAUUAACUUUGGAACAAUCUAAAAAAUUUACCAUUUUACGUAAAGGACAAUCAUAUGAAUUAAGUGCUAUGAAUAAACGUCAAGAAAAAAUUGAUAAUUUCAAAAAGGAACAAGAAUUAUUGAAAAAAUUAUCUAUUCUUAAUCUGAAAGAUGAUGAUAUAAAUAAAUUUGAUGAAGAAAUUAUAAGGACGAUUUAUUUAGAUCAAUUGAAAUUUUUCAUUUUAAAAUCAUUUAAUUUAUUAGAAUCUAUAAAUAUGGAGUUACAAGUAUUAAAGAAUCGUCCUCUUAAAAAUUUCAAUUCAUCUACUAAUUUAGAAAUUAAUGAUUCAAGGUUACAAACAAAAAUCAAUUCUAAAAGAGAUAAAGACAAAGAUGAUGAGUAUGGGUUUACGACAAAAUUAGAAUCAUUACCGAAAUUAUCAUAUCAAGUUUCUGAUUUAAUAAAUAAACUGGGGAAAAUUUUACAACCAUUUACAAUCACUUCUCAAAAGCAAAACCUAAAGGAAAAAGUGUUUGGAACUGGUCAAGUAUUACCUUCUAUGACAGUUGAAGAAUAUUUAGAUUAUGAAUUGGCUAAUGGGAAAAUGUUAAAAAAUGAAGUAAAAGAUAAACCUAAAAAUGAUGAUAAUGAUAGUGAUACAGAAGAUUCUGAAGUUGAAGAAGAAAAAAGACGUUGGGAUGAUUGGAAAGAUGAUAAUCCUAAAGGUUCAGGUAAUAUGAAAGCCAAUAUUGGUUAA